UUGGCAUCGGUGCUGUUCUUAGUCACCGUUUUCCAGACGGAAGAGAAGCACUGCUCGCCUACUUUUCCAGGACGCUAUCUCUGACUGAACGGAAUUACAGCCAGCUCGACAAGGAGGCACUGGCACUUGUGGCUGGAGUGAAGAGAUUCCAUGAAUACCUCUAUGGCAGGACUUUUGACCUCAUCACUGACCACAAGCUGCUCCUGGGCCUCCUCGCCGGUGAUCGUCUAACUCCACCGGUCCUCUCGCCGCGCAUGCUGCGAUGGACUGUUUUCCUGGCUGCCUACCACGACCGGCUCGUCCAUCGCCUGGGGAAAUCGAUGGGCCAUGCCGACGCCCUCAGCCGUUGCCCUCUUCCAGCGUUUGUGGAAGACCCGGCUCCAGCUUCAUCGCUCCUCCUGAUUGAGGAUCUUCUGGCAGCGCCUGUAUCGGCUGCCACUGUGGCCUCCACAUCUGCCCAGGAUCGCACCAUCAGCCGUGUGCUCAACUGGGUGUGGAGGGGGUGGCCACAAGGGCCGUUUGCAUCGGAGUUCCAAGCAUUCGCAACCAGACAACAUGAACUCUCAGCUCAUCGUGGCUUUCUGCUUUGGGGAGACUGCGUCGUGAUUCCCCAAUGACUCCGUCAACGCGUCCUGGAGGCUCUGCACGUUGGCCACCCGGGAAUCAUCAAAAUGAAGGCGUUGGCUCGGUGUUACGUCUGGUGGCCUAACAUGGACGAUGCCAUCACUGCCUGGGUGUCCGCCUCUCAAGCAUGUCAAGAAUUGAGGCCUGCACCACUGGCAGCUAAGGGACACACCUGGGAGACGCCAAAGACACCCUGGUCGAGGGUGCACAUCGAUCUGGCCGGCCCCUUUCACGGCCGGACCUUUAUGGUAGUGGUGGACGCCUAUUCCAAAUGGCUGGAGGUGGCCCUGAUGCCCUCCACCACUACCGAGGCCGCCAUCCGAGUGCUGCAAGGCCUGUCCUUGUCUCCGACAACGGACCGCCGUUCACGUCAGGCACUUUUGAGUGGUAUCUUUUGGGACUGGGCAUCCGCCAUGCCCUAACGGCACCAUUUCAUCCAUCCAGCAACGGGCAAGCGGAGAGAA